GAAAGAAAUAUAUUGUACCUACUGUGCCUGCCUCACCUGAACGCAGCUCUUCCGAAAUCUCCUUCGUGUUUUCGUUAUGUCCGGCUUACAGCAGAUUUGAGCGUUCGCCGCGGCCACUAGCGAUCGUCGAACAAAGACGGCGAGAAUUAAGAACUUUUCUGCAGCUUGAAGAAACCCUGAGGCAAUGAACUCCGCAGGGCACAACACAUAUUUCAAGGGCCCACCCACGAAUGUCGCCGAAGACAAUUAUGGCACAGGUUGCCACGACGCCGAACACCUUGCUGCGGGCCCGGUUCAAGUGGCGAGGCCGAGGGGCACACGUAUUCGGUCAGCGCGAAAAGCCAGACCAAGGCCAGCAGGCACAGCAACGACAGAAGAUUACGGGAAGCCGGGCGGCAGUGACGACUGGUCUUCCGUGUUGUACGGCAGGCCGACAAAAGGCUCCACGGGUGAGAUUCCUCUCCUGGUUCGCAGUCUCGACCCAACCAGGACCGUUCGCGACCUUCACCCGGAACGCGUGAUGCGCGAGCUCCGGGCCGAGUCCGGCGUGGCUCCCGGCAGCUACUUCUACGUGCGGCUCACGCGAGGCGGCCUCUUGGCCGUGGGCGCCCGCACCGCGGAGGCGGCCGCCCGGUCUCAGCGCGUCUGCUGGCUCGACGGCACGCCGGUGGAAGUGACGGUGGCGCUGUGGCACGGCCGCAACGCCAGCAAGAUCCGGCACGUGCCCGCGUGGAUGGACGACGCGGACAUGCGCGAGAGCCUGUACGCGUCCGCGGGCGUCGUGUCGGUGCGCAGGCUCGUCGCCUACGGGGCCCCGGCGGCCGACGGCCGACGCCGCGACGUGCCCCAGACCAGCGUGGUGCUGGUGUUCCGGCCCGAGCUGCCCCGCGUGCCGGUCAGCGUGACGCUGUGCGGCGUCGAGUACGCCGUCGAGCCGUAAGCCCUGCCGCCGACGCAGUGCGUGCGCUGCCAGCGCUUGGGACACCAGGUGGCCGCGUGCCCCGCGCUGGAGGCCCGCUGCAAGGUGUGCGCGGGGCCGCACGACUACCGGCUCUGCGACUCCCGCGGCCGUCGGCUGAAGUGCGCCAACUGCCGGGGUCCGCACGCCGCCACGUUCGCCAUGUGUCCGACCAAGAGGCGAUACCACGCCUCCGGCGCCGCGCAGCCGAGCCAGCAGGAGCCGCAGAAACAUGGCGUCAGGACCCCGACAUCCAGAAGGCUGCGAGUGCGCAACGAAUACGGACAGCUGCGCCGCCGCACCUUCAAAGACCAGUCCGAAGCAGCCUUCGGUGGCAGCCAAACCUCCCUCGGUAAUGGAGCAAGACGCGGAGCGGCAUCCACUCAUCCGUUCGGUGAGCCUCGUAGCUUUCCACGAGGAUCAAAAUCUGUACGAGGUCACUGGUGUCCGCAGUAGCGUAGAGAAAGGAACUAAAAUGGGAGGCAGAAUUAGGUCACACAGCCAGCCUUGGCAAGCGAACUUCCCGUGAAGCCAUUGCAUCUGCUUUCUUCCUCGCAGUAUCGGCUGACCACGUGACCUCCAAGACAGCGUAUUUGCCAAAAGUGUUUGGUUUCGGGUAGUUUUUAAUCGAUGCGCACCUGCUCGGCUGCCCUGCUGUACCUCUGCCUGCAGAACAGGAUCACUAAAACCAACUGUGUGCUUUGAAGGGGCGAUCACGUGUUAAUUAGGGCGAUAAGUUCGACUUCAGUCGUAUUAUGCAGUGUGCCCUCCUAGUUA